ACUGACUGACAGUGACAGAUACGGCUACGAGAAAAACACAUGUUUUCUUUUUGUGCGGUGGGAAAACGGUGUUUUUUUUUAUGUAGGAUUGAUUUUCUGGUAUAAUUUUUGGGACAAUGUGAAUUGCAGACCCUAGUAAAUAUUGAAAUUAAUUUAUCUAUCUAAUAAAUACAUAAGUUUGUCUUGAUUGAAAAUGGAAGGAGAUGCCGAUUAUAACCAGAAAGUAGCCGAAUUUAAACGUAAAUUGAAGAGCUACCCAGAUUUCCCGAAAAAAGGAAUAUUGUUUUGGGACAUCUUCUCCGCCAUUUCUGAUGGCUCCACAUGCAAACUUCUUCAGGGUCUAUUAUUACAAGUAAUCCGAGCGAAGUUCCCCCAAACCGAAGCUAUAGUUGGUCUGGAGAGCAGAGGUUUCCUCUUCUCAUUUUCUCUAGCCAUGGAUCUUGGUGUUGGUUGCUUGCCUGUGAGGAAGAAAGGAAAACUGCCUGGGGAAGUUGUUUCAUGCAAAUAUGAUUUGGAAUAUGGAACGGACAUAUUGGAAAUACAGAAGAAUGCAAUCCGUCCCGGUCAGAAAUGCCUCAUUGUGGAUGAUCUUAUAGCCACCGGGGGCUCCAUUACUGCAGCUACUAAUCUUUUAAAGUCCUGUGGCGCCGAAGUGGUUGGUUGUCUUGUCGUGAUGGAACUGAAUUCACUGAAUGGUCGCAAAAACAUUCCUAAUGAUGUGCCCGUACAUUCCUUAGUAACGUUUGAUUAACUGUGAAGUAUACUGUUUUCUUUAUACAUUUAUACUUUAUCGAUAAAGUGUUAAAAAAUUUUGAUGAAAUAAUACCUACUUGUUAUGUUUUGUUGAUUGUUAUUGGUUUUUGUUAUGAACUGAAUACGGAGUGUAAGAAAAAUAAAUUCAUUCCAUAAUAAAAUAAUUGCUCAAUUUUCGAGUAAAGGACCACUAUAAGUUAUAUUAUAUAUACGUUAAGAUUGUAUGUUUAUAUUUUAGAAUAAUAAAAUGUAUAAUUAUCUAUGGCUUU